GCUUUUAGCGUUCACCAUUCAGUGCCUAUGUAUAUACCUUCUGUAAUCGAAUUCAGCUUCGAGAAGGUCCCAUGGGGAAGACCAGCUGAUGGCCUUCUAAUCUUGUUCAUACGACUCCUGAAACUCCACGGCAGUGCAGAUGCGCAUCCUAGCUUUUGAAGGGAUGCCGAUAUACAACAACUAGGUGACGUCGAAUGGGAAAAACCGCGCAAGACAUCCUCACAAGUUAUGGACAGAUAUCAGCGCCCACACAGGAUCGUCCGACUUCGAGACGGUCAUGUGAGGAAGAUAUUUAUAUGGUGCCAGCCUCCUUAUCUUACGUUUCACCAUGUCUCAGGGUCACGAUGUUAUUAGUCCCACUCGAACACAAGGCAGGUUACAGAGUGUCCAUUUUGCCAUCCCCUUCCCAACAAUAUGGCUAGAUUGUUGAGUGUAGCGUUAGGCUUCUUGAGCCAGCCAUUCGCCCAUCUUUCUCAGCUAUCGUUCCCAACUGAUUCCGUCAGUGUAAACAAUGGUCAGGUUAUCACCCCGGCGCUUUCCAACUCCAUUCAAGAGAUCCUUGACAUUUGGAACAUUACUGGACUGUCUGUCGCAGUUGUCCCGAGGUAUGGAGAACCGGAAUUUCAUUCAUGGGGAAACAGGUCCGAGAACGGGCAGCAGACAACAGAGGAUACAUUAUUUCAUAUGGCCUCCGUGUCCAAGGCAUUCUGCGCCACCGCUCUUGGUAUUCUAAUGGACGACUUCGAACACGGAAGAAACGUCACGCCGCUUCCCCCCGAUCUGAAGGAAUUUAAUUGGCACUCCACAGUAGAAGACAUUCUUCCGGGAGAAUGGCAAUUGAUGGAUGAAUGGGCGUCCAAGAAAGCUAAUAUGAAGGACAUCCUGUCUCAUGUUUCGGGUCUUCCUCGUCAUGAUUACUCGUAUGGACCAUACGACAGUGCGAAAGAUGCUGUAAUGCGGUUACGCUAUCUAAGACCAGCUUUUGAACUGCGGGAACAGUGGUCAUACAACAACCAGAUGUUCAUGGUGGCCUCACACAUCAUCGAAACUUAUUCCGGACAAACCUACACCUCUUUUGUGGAGGAUCGGAUAUUCACGCCCCUAGGAAUGUUCUCUUCCACCUUCUCACCAGCAAAAGCUGGGAAGACGGGAAAAUUCACACAGGGAUGGACUGGCAGUGGCAGGCUCCUGCCUGAGUGGUUCACAGAAGAGAUGGCGAUGCUGAAGGCCGGUCCAGGUGGUGUAAUCUCGAACGCCAUAGACAUGUCGAAAUGGGUUGCGGUGUGGCUUAAUAAGGGUGUGCACGACAACGUUACAGUCAUACCGCUGUCUGUGCAUGGAAAUGCAUCGCAGUCGUACUCCGUAUCUAUCAACGCCCCAGAUGAUUCUGAACACUCGAUUCAGGGGUAUGGGAUGGGAUGGUUCCGAAACUCGUACCUCGGACAUGAUAGGAUUAGGUCGUAUAUCACUCGGGAUCAAUUCCAGUUUUUUGCCAACGGGGGCGAUCGAGCAACGCCUGUGAUGAAUAUCUCUAACCGCAUAAUUGAUGCUGCUCUGCACCUGCGGUCGCAGCCUUCACCGUUGAUCAUGCCUGAGAAGAAAGCAAUCACGCCUCAACAUGAAGGCGUCGUUGGCUUGCAGCUUGCAGUCGAAGCAUUUUCGGGCACAUACGCCAACCCCGGAUACGGCGUCCUCUCCUUUUGCAGUCCCUCCAGCAGCUCCUCGUAUUGUCGAGAUGUGAUCUCCGACUUCACUGCAGUGGAUGCAGCACAGUCAAGUGCUCCUAAUUCGCCUCAGCUGCUCGCAGCCUGGCCUCGCGUAUGGGCAUCUCAUAUUCGGGCUGUGCAUCAGUCUGGAAAUACGUUCUCGGUGCAGUACACCUCGUUGUUCCCUGAAGGGUAUGGACGAGACAGUACGCCAUUCGAGACAGCGGAAAUAGGGACGUCCCAGGCUACAGCAGAGUUUGUCGUGGAAGAUGGAAAGGUUGUUGGGUUUGGCUUGGUCGGGCUGGUUGGUCAACUCACGGAGAGGGAGCGAACACAUACGACUGUGAAAGACCGAGCUGAAGUGUGGUUCGAUAAGGUAUAG